GCCCUCUGUUAGCAACUUGUGGCUAGCUCGCUACCAAGGAAGGCAGAGUGCUCCGAGAUCUGUUCUUCAGACACCACCCCGACUGUCCGCCCGUACAUAAAUCGGUGAGUAAACGUUAAUUCAACAGCGCGCUGACAAUCCCUUGACGAUUGGAAUACCGUUGUCGUGAUACUGCGGGGUGUCCAAACGAAGAGGAGAGAGAAACGUUUUUUUACCCUCUAACGUGAGCAAAGGCUGCUAGCUUUUGUUGUGCUGGUAACGUCAACGACUCCCGUAAGGUCAUUGAAGUCCAGAUGCAUGAGUCUGGGUCAGAACCAGCACACACCAUUCCAGCAAGUCAGACAGAGAACGGGAAUACUAGUGAGAAUGAGAGUCGAGUGAGGAGCAGCCAGACUCCUCCUCCAGAGGCACCCAGGGUCCCAGUGUCAUUAUCUAUGAUGACCCCACCAGCAGAAACCCCACAGCAGUUGCAGCAGACACCGCAGCAGCAGCAGGUCCUCAGUCCUCAGCAGCUCCAAGCGCUGCUCCAGCAGCAGAAAGCACUCAUGUUACACCAGCAACAAAUUCAAGAGGUCUUCAAGAAUCAGCAAGAGCAGCUAAAUAUUCAGCUGCUGCAACAGAAGAAUGCUGGGAUUGUUAGUCAAGAGCUGACAGCCCAGCAGAUUGCCAUCCAGCAGCAGCUCCUCCAGGUACAGCAGCAACAUCUCCUCAACCUGCAGAGACAAGGCCUGCUGUCUGUCCUUCCCUCUAGCCCCAUUGCACUCACAGUUUCAGGCUGUGAGAAUGGUAGCAUCCUGUCCACGGGGGGAGACACCAGAGGGUCUUCAAGUACACAAUCUACCACCAACGGUCAUCACACUCUUCUGAAGAGGAAAGAAAGUGGGUCACUGGAUGAAAACACACAGAAUAGCCAUGCUCUGUAUGGAAAUGGCAUGUGCAAAUGGCCUGGCUGUGAGACCGUCUUUGGAGACUUUCAGGCAUUUCUCAAACAUUUGAACAACGAGCAUACCCUGGAUGACAAGAGCACAGCACAGUGUCGUGUGCAGAUGCAAGUAGUUCAGCAGUUGGAACUGCAGUUGAAGAAGGACAAAGAGCGACUGCAAGCAAUGAUGGCUCAUCUGAAGUCCUCUGAACCCAAACCCGCAGCGCAGCCUGUGAAUCUGGUGUCUAAUGUAUCCUUCUCCCAGGCAACAUUGCCCAAAGGCCCUCCUCCUAUGAGUUUGUCUCAGAGUGCCACGGCACCAUCCACACCCCUGAUGCCGCUCUCUGAAUCCCCCUCAGUCCUCACUCCCAAUAGCAUGUUCACUGGAACUCCUGUACGGAGGCGAUAUAGCCGCUCUGUGAGCCAAGGUAACGAUAUAGUUGAUAAUAAGGAGUUCUACUUGAGCACAGAAGUUAGACCUCCAUUUACAUAUGCGUCUCUCAUAAGACAGGCUAUAUUUGAAUCACCUCGCAAUCAGCUGACGUUGAAUGAAAUCUACAACUGGUUCACAAGAAACUUUGCAUAUUUCAGGCGCAAUGCAGCUACCUGGAAGAAUGCCGUGAGACAUAAUCUCAGCCUCCAUAAAUGCUUUGUACGUUUGGAAAAUGUGAAGGGAGCUGUGUGGACAGUAGAUGAGAUUGAGUUCCACAGGAGAAGGCCCCAGAAGGCUGCUGGCAAUGGGUCUCUGCUGAAGAACUCACAGAACCACCAAAGCUCAGCUGGGUCUGCUCAUCAGAGUGGUGGUUUUGACGGCAACAGCUGUCCCUACAACCCAGCCUCUAUGGGCAGCAUCCCUUUUCACUCUCUGUCCCACGUUCUCCAAGAGCAGAUGAAUGGAGUCCUUGCUAAUGGAUCUGGAUACCAAAGUGACAGCAGUGCAACGCAGUCACCUCCACAAGCCUUCAUUAAAGAGGAGCAGGAGGAUGAGGAGAUAUGUGAAGCGUAUCCCUAUGAAUCACCAGAGAGCACAGACGAGCAAGGCCCCAGCCCGGAGAUGCACCAUGAUGAAGACAACGGCAGCCCGGAGAGGCCCAGUCUUCAUUUUGAUCGCGUGCCUUCUCUCUGACUACGAGGUCCAAGUUCUCCACUGCAAGGCAGCCUCACUCACAGCCUGUGUGACUUUGUAUUCCAAAAGUUUCCAAAAACAA